AUGGCAGACAGCCCAAACAAACUAGCCGCACCCCACGACCUGCGCGACCAACAUGCCGCAGCACCGCCCACGGAUCCAGAACUCGAGUCGCAGCUUCAUAGCCUCAAUGCCGUCCAGUCGCUCUCCUCUUCGGCUGUUGAUUCGUUACAGCAGCAGCAACAUCAACAACAUCAUCAACAACAGACAUCUCGAACAGGUAUCUCGUCACGAGGGGCGUUUGACACGGGCCUAAGCAAUGACGUGGAAGGGCACCUCUCGCCCGCUGUGCGGUCGGCUGGUCAUGGGUUGGAGCAGAUGGAGCAGUUGGGGCAGGUUGACAUCACCUUUCCCAGCGACGGGAUGGUUCUAAGCACACCGCACGGCACCAGGCACUCGCAACAUCCCGACACGCAGAUGCCAGAGACCUCUGGCCAUCAAUUUGUAUCGGCGACGAAUAACGACAUGCAAUUCGCGCCAUUCACCCAGCACCCACUGCCGCAGAAUAUGAUACCCCAUUUCCAGACUCCGACUCACCCGAAUAUAUCCCAGGCGGGUAGUAGUAUUGGUGAAGGUCAUUUUAAGAAUAUGAAAUCCAUUCCGAACCCGCCUGAUCUGCAGAAGUGGAGAGAGAAGCUGUUUAAUGUGGAGGACACUAUUGUCAUGAGUGAAGAAGAGUUCCAAACAUAUUUCCCCCAUGUAGACAAUGUCUACUCCCACCGCUCUACGCAAAGAUACAAGCGCAAGCCCUUUGUAUCUCACUACUGGGACUGUCGGUUAAAAGGGCGGCCACCAGGAACUCCCAAGACCCAUGAUCCCAACAAGAAGAAGAGAAAGAGAACGGCCCGAGAACGAAAUCUAUGCGAUGUCAAGAUCAAGAUCACUGAAUACUUUCCGGGUGCCAUGACAGCUUCUCAGGACCUCUCCUCGGGGUUUGAACAAGCUUCCCAGGGCACUCAGCAGUCCGAUUUACUAGUAGUACCGGGCUCUUCAAACGCACAUCUGGAUGGGUCUCAACCAUUUGGCGUGCUAACUCCUAGCGCAACCUUACCGCCAGGCCACCCCGGUGUAACGGGAGCUCGGUACUAUACAAUUCAACGUGUGAAUGGAAACGGAGGAAAUGGGAGAUCGGAUUCGGUUGAGGGCCCUCACCGGCAUACACUCGAAGAGAGUGACCGUAUCAAGAAGAAUAGCGUACAGAGAAAUUUACUCAAAGAGGAAAAGGGUAAAAAGAAGUCAAUAGCUCAGCAAAAGUCAUACCAUAGCCGUGCAUCUGGUUAUGCAUAUGCCACCGUUAAGAAACAUAUGAAGGAGAGUGACUUGAAGCUCUACGGGAGCUGUUUCUGCCCCUUUGUACAGCGAGUAUGGGUUGCUCUCGAGGUUAAAGAUAUACCGUAUCAGUAUAUUGAGAUAGAUCCAUAUAAGAAGCCGGACUCCCUCCUCGAAGUCAAUCCUCGUGGCCUUGUACCAGCCAUUCGACACGGUAAUUGGGGAUGCUAUGAGAGUAGUGUACUCCUUGAAUAUCUCGAGGAUUUAGACAUUGGCAAGCCCUUGUUACCCCCCGGCGAUCCACAGCUUCGUGCCCAUUGUCGCCUAUGGGUAGACCAUAUAAACCGCCAUAUAAUUCCUUGCUUCUAUCGGCUGUUACAGGAGCAAGACCUGGCUAAACAGAUUUCCUACACCGAACAACUAAAGGAUCACAUUAGUAAACUUGUCAACGCCUCACACGUCCAUGGACCUUUCUUCUUAGGCCGCAGCAUCUCGUUCGUCGACAUCCAUUUUGCACCCUGGAUGCUACGGCUGACCCGAGUGCUGAAACCGUACCGUGGUUGGCCUGACCCAGAACGGGGGAGCCGAUGGGCUGCGUGGAUGGAGGCUGUAGAGUUAGAUGAGCAUGUCAUGGCUACUACGAGUUCAGAUGACUUGUAUUUGGACAGCUACCAGAGAUAUGCAGAAAAUCGACCGAAUACGUCUCAGCUAGCAAACGCUAUCAAUGCUGGACAUGAUUUACCCUGA